GCUCCUGGGGGGGCAGCCAUUUUCUUGAAGAGUGUUCAGCUAGCGACCCCUUGAAAGUAGGGCUUUGAAUGAGAAAUUUAGGAUGUUUUGGGGUCUAGUUGGCCACUCUAGGGGUAAACUGGCAAGAAAGGCCUUUAUUUCACCUCGAGGUAUCUAAUUCAAGUGUUGUCCUAUUCCUAGAUCCUCCAAUAUAUUUGUUCCCUUACUUCUUAGGACUAUUGAUGAAGCACGUCCAGAAAAUGGGUCUUUGGGCUUUUAAAGAACUCCAAGCGGCGAGACCUAGAACGGAAGUCUUAAGGAUUAACCUCGAGGAUGGUGUCUUAGCCCUUUAAGGGUAUCUGUCUAGGGGCGGAGUCUUGGGCGGAUGUUGAAAGUCCGGGCUGAAGUCCGGCUGAUGAAGGGCGGAAGUUGAGUUUGGAUCCAAACCCGCAAUCAUGGCGCAGGAAGGGGAAGAUGUAAGAGAUUACAAUUUGACUGAGGAGCAGAAGGCGAUCAAGGCCAAGUAUCCUCCAGUCAGUCGGAAGUACGAGUAUUUGGAUCAUACAGCCGAUGUCCAGUUACAUGCUUGGGGAGACACUCUGGAGGAAGCUUUUGAACAAUGUGCAAUGGCCAUGUUUGGUUACAUGACAGAUACUGGGACUGUGGAGCCCCUGCAAACAAUAGAAGUAGAAACCCAAGGCGAUGACUUACAGUCUCUUCUGUUUCACUUUCUGGAUGAGUGGCUUUAUAAAUUCAGUGCUGAUGAAUUCUUCAUACCCCGGGAAGUCAAAGUACUUAAUAUUGACCAAAGAAAUUUCAAAAUACGGUCAAUUGGGUGGGGAGAAGAAUUCUCAUUGUCCAAGCACCCUCAGGGAACUGAAGUCAAAGCAAUAACGUACUCAGCAAUGCAGGUCUAUAAUGAAGAGAAGCCAGAAGUUUUUGUGAUCAUUGACAUUUAAGAUAACAAAAAAAAGAGAGAGAGAUUCCUAUGAAGAACUGUUUUUUUCUCUUCCUUUUGACAAGAUACCAUGAUAUAAACUCUACAUGGAGAAUUUAUAUAUGGAGUUUUGCAGAACAGAAAUUUUUGACUUAAAGUGUGACUUUCAGAAAUGAAAAAUCAAGGUACAACCUUGGUCUUUGUUACCCAAAUAAUCAAAUUUUAAAUAAUUCUCUAAGUGGCAGGCAUGGCUUCUCCUUCAUUAAUUCCCCUUUGUAGCAGCAGGUGCCUUACACCUUUCCAACGGAAUGCACAAGUCCUCCAGCCUGGUCCCAAGGACGAUCAUUGAUGUAAGAGCAGCCUGAGAGACUCUGAAGCCCGUGUACUCUUACUGAAUGCACCUUGGAGAAAAUGUAAUUUGAGAAAUCCUACAACCAGUAUUUUGCUUUUUUCCCAAAGUAGUUAACACAUAUAUUUUCUGUAUGUACAUUAAAAGAGGUUGUGUUUUGGAUUGCUAUGGGACAGAGCCCAAUCCUGUACUCCAGUUGGUUUUCUUAGAUGAAAUAAUUAUAUUUGAACAAUUGGAAGGCUUUUCUAGAAACAGUCCUGAUUUACUUUCACUUUUUUUUUUUAGCACUGAUAUACUGACACGUUUUCCUGUAACAUAAAACCUGACGCAUAUACAAAUGGGCCCUUCUUUCUAACAUACAAUUUUAUAUUAAAGCCAGUAUAUUUAUA